AUGGAAGUUGAUUUUAAUUUGUCACAAACGCUGACGUCGUUUGCCGACAACAUCGAUACCUUUGAGCUUGAUGGGAAUAGGAAUCCUGAAGAUUUUCUGGAAGUUGUCACACAGGAACUCGCGGUGAGAAGCGAUGCCGUCUUGUAUGAGGAAUUUUGGGACCCUCUGAUAAACCUCACGCAUUGCUAUCCACAACUUGAAAACCGCCUCCAAUACAAGCUAGCAUACUUGGUAUCCAGUACCCUAUCGCACCACACCAACCAGACAUACCAAGUAGUCAAUUCUGGAGACAUUGAUUUGUUCGCUACGCAUCGCAAGAUUUUGGAAUUGUAUGGAUAUUUGAUCCACGUUCUUCUUGUAUAUCUAGGAAGAGAAGAAACAAGUCUAAAGACUUCCGAGGGGAAGUAUCACUGGAAUAAAACAAACAGCGUGAUUGAAAACAUUCUUGUAUCCAUUAUCGAUGUGUUCAAACUCAAACUCAGUUUGUUGUUCGAAACAACCCCCGAGCGCAAUUUAUUCGUUGGAACUCUUUUUCUGAAUCCGGUGAACGCUCUACUGGAGAGUCCAGAAAGAGCGAAAAUUGUCACGGUUAAAAUGCACGCUUUCAAAGCUAUUUGCAUGGCCAUCAAGUUCCAUGGUCAAGUAUCGCAUGUCCAAAACGCUAUUCUGCAACAUUUGACAUACUUCCAGCAUUCCAGUACAGUAAUGGCAGAACUUCUUGAUACGUUGAGUAAACAUUACGAUCACCAUCAACUCACAGAUGAAAUCCUAAAAGAAGUGAGCGCACGUCAUUUCAAUGAAAACGACACAAAUGGCCCUAAAGCUAUCAGCACUUUCAUCAUAAAACUCUCGGAACUCAAUCCCAAGAUUGUUAUGCGUCAAAUAUCCUUGGUGGCCCAGCUGCUAGAUAACAACUCGUUCACUUUGAGAUGUGCAGUUGUCGAAGCAGUGGGAAACAUAAUUACAACUUUGUCAAAGUCUCAGGAAGAGUACGAUGAGCACAAAACACAAGCAGAUAGUUUUUUGGAACUUUUGGAGGACCGGUUUUUGGAUAUCAACCCAUAUGUCCGCUCAAGGGCAAUACAGGCGAUUACAAAGCUGACCGAGAUGACCGUUAAGUUUGUUGAUCGAAGACUGAGAUGGACUAAGCUAUCUGUGAGGCAUUUGGAAGACCGAUCAGGAAUCGUGCGCAGGAAUUGUAUCAAACUGUUGACCUCAUUGAUACUGACUCAUCCAUAUAAUGUUAUGCAUGGUGAUAGGCUUGAGCUUACUGUCUGGGAAAAGCGUCUGGAAGAAACCAAAGAGAAACUUAAAGAGUUACAGCCUGAUUUAUUUGAAGGCGAGGAAAAUCAAGAGGAAUUAGGAGAUCAGGAUGACGGCGACCAUAGUGACGACGACCAAAUGGAUGUCGACGACGAAGACAGCGAGAAGGAGGAUGAAAAAGAUGAAGACGAGCUCGAAAAAUCUGGCACACAAACCAACCAAGAGUCAGAAAUUGGAAAAAAAGCAGAGACAUCAAUUGUUUCUUCGCUGGCAAAUGUAGACCCUGCUGUGGUGAAUAAAGUUUCUCUCACUUAUCAGUAUUAUGCUGAUGCUGUUGAGUUCAUCAAGCUGAUUCAUAAAGCGACAUCAUUGUGCUGCGAGCUACUUUAUUCCAAAUCCAAAAAUGAAGUUAUUGAGUCUAUGGGAUUUUUUGUUCUUGCAGAUGCGUACGGAAUUGAGAAUUGCCAAGUAGGUAUCAAGAGGAUGCUUCAUUUAAUUUGGAUGAAAGGAAGCAACGAAGAUGGUAAUAUGAUUGUUGAGAAACUGAUGGAAUGCUAUAAGAAUCUCUAUUUGACAGCCCCUGAAAAUUCAUCAAUGGUACAAAGAUCAUCGUAUCUUGCGUCAAACCUCAUCAAACUCACAUUUAACUCCUCCGUUGCCGACCUCGCGUCCCUUGAAAAGCUUCUAGGCGAAUUGUAUGCUAAAAACUACAUCGACCCUCAUGUUGUUCAGGUGCUUUGGCAAUUUUUCAGCAGCAGUACUGCUACGAAACAGCAGAAGAGAGGUGCAAUCAUAAUUCUAGGCAUGCUCUCUUUCACAGACCACGAAAUUACACUGAAAGGGCUUGAUUUGAUUUUGAACGUUGGUCUCAACUACGAAAACACGGAUUGGAUUCUCUGUCGAUUUUCCUGCAUAGCGCUGAGAAGAAUCGUGCCAUCUAAGGCCUCUAUCAACGGCUAUAGAAUGACCAAAGAGGAUGAAGCCACUCAAAGACUUUCAACUGUCUUAUUGCAGUAUACAGAAGAUGGAAAUUGGUUUGGGAUGGCAGAAGAGGCCCUCAAUUCCAUAUAUGUCAUAUCAUCAUGUCCCGAUGUGGUCUGUUCCAACAUCUUGAAGUCCAAAGCCAGCUAUGUGUUUUCGUCCGAGUUUGAUGAGUCCCACGACAAGGUUGUGUCUCUUUCGCAGCUAUUGUUCCUUAUUGGUCACGUUGGGUUGAAAACCAUCAUUCAUCUAGAGAAAUGUGAGACUGAAUUCAAGAAUAGAAAGAUAGCAUCCGAACACAAAAAACCCGAGCAGCAAAAUGAGCUGGACAUGAUCGGAGGUACCACCGAAGAUGAUUUUACAGAUGCCGUGCAAGUGGUGAAGGAAAAAGAGCUGCUCUACAGUGAGACCGGUCUCUUGGCUCAAUUCGUUCCUCUCCUGAAAGAAAUUGUCACACAUCCAAAAGACUACAACGACAAGAGAUUACAAAGACAAGCGAUCCUUUGUUUGUCCAAACUGAUGUGCAUCUCUCCAAGAUUCUGCGAGGAGAAUCUUGGUUUAUUUCUCAAGAUAAUGGAAACAUCCGAGGAUCCUGUUGUUCGGAGCAACGCGGUGCUUGGGUUGGGUGAUAUGGCUGUCUGUUUCAACAAUGUCAUUGACACAAGUAAGGACUUCUUGUAUGGCCGCCUUCAGGAUAAGGAUAUUAUGGUUCAAAGGACAUGUCUGAUGACUGUGACUUUCCUCAUUCUUGCUGGUCAGGUUAAAGUCAAAGGUCAGCUUGCACAAAUGGCAAAGUUGUAUGUGAACGAAGACCCCGGAAUCGUUGAUAUGUGCAAAUUGUUCUUCACUGAGCUUGCGACCAAAGACAAUGCAAUUUACAACGGGUUCAUUGACAUGUUCAGCGGACUCGCUGCUGAUUCCGAGCUGUCAAGGAAAUCGUUCAAGGAGAUUAUCAAGUUUGUUGUUCCGUUCUUGGACAAGGAUAAGCACAAACAACAGCUGGUUAGUAAGCUCUAUCAACGGCUGGUCAAAGUUGACGACGAAGAGCAAUGGAACGAUCUUGUUUUCGUGAUAAAAGAGAUAAUACCGAAGCAGGAGUCUAUCAGAAGGGAGAAAGACACACCGAAAACAAAAGUCUACGACGAGGUGCUAACCUUUAUAGAGCAGGGUUUUAAGAGACCAGGCCAGAGAGAAUAG